ACGCCGCUUUCUCUGUCUGCGCUGUGAUUCUCACACACGUCUGAUGCUUUGUUUUCUGCGCAGCGUCUCAUCAGAAACAAAGAGCUCUGGAAAACACACUCGCAUCGCACUGUUUACAUAUGAAGACUGGAAAUCAUAUCAGAGCUGCUGUAGUGUGUGCUGCAUGAGCCAUUAACACGGCCAACACUGCAGUCACUCACAGUACAUUAGAGGAACUCCAUUCAGCCUGUUGUGGUGAUUCUACAGUCGCUAUGGGACCUGAGUGAGAACUUCAUCCAGGCGAUUCCUCGAAAGGCCUUCAGAGGAGCGACGGACAUCAAAAACCUGCAGCUGGACAAGAACCACAUCAGCUGCAUCGAGGAUGGAGCGUUCAGAGCCAUGCGCGGGCUAGAAGUGCUAACUCUGAACAACAACAACAUCAGCAGCAUCCCAGUGUCCAGCUUCAACCACAUGCCCAAGCUCCGGACAUUCCGUCUGCACUCCAACAAUCUGGUCUGUGACUGUGUGCUGUCGUGGCUCUCUCAGUGGCUACGCGAGCGGCCCAACAUCGGUCUGUUCACCCAGUGCAGCUCUCCAGCACCGCUGCGAGGACUCAAUGUAGCAGAGGUGCAGAAACACGAGUUCAGCUGCUCAGGUCAGUCUGACAGUGCUGUGGGUCAGUCGUGUAGUUUGAGCAGUGGCUCGUGUCCCGCCGUCUGCUCCUGCAAUAACAACAUCGUGGACUGCAGAGGGAAAGGCCUGACCCUGAUCCCCAGCAGCCUGCCCGACAGCAUGACGGAGAUACGACUGGAACAGAACAGCAUCAAAUCCAUUCCUCCGGGAGCCUUCUCUCCUUACAAGAAACUGCGCAGAAUAGAUCUUAGCAAUAACCAGAUUUCUGAGCUUGCUCCGGAUGCUUUCCAGGGUCUGCGUUCACUAAACUCACUGGUUCUGUAUGGAAACAAGAUCACGGAUCUGCCCAGAGGAGUGUUUGAUGGCCUGCACGCGCUGCAGCUUCUUCUUUUGAAUGCAAAUAAGAUCCACUGUCUUCGAGCAAACACCUUCCAGGACCUGCAGAAUCUCUCUCUGCUUUCUUUAUACGACAACAAGAUCCAGACGCUGGCCAAAGGCACCUUUAGCUCGCUGCGGGCCAUACAGACACUUCAUCUGGCUCAGAAUCCCUUCAUCUGUGACUGUAACCUGAAGUGGUUGGCAGAUUACCUGCGCUCCAACCCCAUCGAGACCAGCGGAGCGCGAUGCACCAGCCCUCGACGCCUCGCCAACAAACGCAUCGGCCAGAUCAAGAGCAAGAAGUUCCGCUGCUCCGCUAAAGAGCAGUACGUCAUUCCAGGAACUGAAGACUCCAGGCUGAAUAACGACUGCAAUAAUGAUCCCGUGUGUCCUGCUAAAUGCCGCUGUGAGUCUAAUGUCGUGGACUGCUCCAAUCUGAGACUCGACCGCAUCCCUGAACACAUCCCAGCAUCCACCACUGAGCUGCGUCUCAACAAUAACGAGAUCACCACAAUAGAGGCCAUGGGUGCUUUCAAGACUCUUACUCACCUCAAGAAAAUAAACCUGAGCAACAAUAAGAUCUCAGAGAUCGAAGAUGGAGCGUUUGAAGGAGCGUCUUCAGUCAACGAACUGCAUCUGACGGCAAACCAGCUGGACUCGGUGCACAGCAGGAUGUUCAGGGGGCUGGAAGGCCUGCGCAUGCUAAUGCUGCGCAACAAUCGCAUCAGCUGCAUCCACAACAACAGCUUCACAGGGUUGCACAAUGUGCGUCUGCUGUCCCUGUACGACAACACGCUGACCACCAUCGCACCCGGAGCCUUCGACACGCUGCAGAGCCUCUCCACACUGAACCUGCUGGCUAACCCGUUCAACUGUAACUGUCGGCUGGCGUGGCUGAGCAGCUGGUUGAGGAACCGUAAGAUCGUGACGGGGAACCCGCGGUGCCAUCGGCCCGCAUUCCUCAAAGAGAUCCCACUACAGGACGUCGCCGCUCCGGACUUCCGCUGUGAAGACGAUCAUGAGGACGUGAGCUGUGCGCCGCCGGUCCACUGUCCUGCUGACUGCACCUGUCUGGAGUCUGUGGUUCGCUGCAGCAACAAACACCUGCAAGCUUUACCCAAAGGCAUCCCACGCAACAUCACCGAACUGUAUCUGGAUGGGAACCAGCUGAGCACGGUGCCAAAGGAGCUGUCGUCCUUCAAGAGUCUGCAGCUGGUAGAUUUGAGCAACAACAGGAUCAGCUCUCUGACCAACUCCUCCUUCACCAACAUGAGCCAGCUGACCACACUGAUCCUGAGUUAUAAUGCUCUGCGCUGCAUCCCCACUCUGGCCUUCAGUGGGCUGCGCUCGCUCCGCCUGCUAUCUCUGCAUGGGAAUGAUAUCUCUGAGCUGCCGGACGGGAUCUUCUCUGACGCUCAGUCACUGUCACAUCUGGCGAUCGGGGCCAAUCCUCUGCACUGUGACUGCGGGCUCCGCUGGCUCUCAGACUGGGUGAAGACCGGCUAUAAGGAGCCCGGCAUCGCCCGCUGCGCCAGCCCACACGGCAUGGAGGGAAAACUGCUGCUCACCACGCCUGCAAAGAGGUUCGAGUGCCAAGGUGAGGUGGACUCUGCUAUCCUAGCGAAGUGUAACCCGUGUGCAUCAGGGCCGUGUCUGCAUCAGGGUGUGUGUGAGGCGGAUCAGACAGACGGCUACAGGUGCAGGUGUGCAGACGGAUUCAAGGGUAAGAACUGUGAGACGGUGGUGAACGCGUGUGUCAGUGAGCCGUGUAAGAACGGAGGAACGUGUCACGUGUCCACAGACGAGGAUGAAGGAUACAGCUGUUCGUGUGCUGCUGGUUUUGAAGGUCCCUCAUGUGAGGUGGACACUGACGAGUGUAGAGAUAAUGACUGUCAGAACGGAGCCACCUGCAUUGACGGCAUCAACAAUUACACAUGUCUGUGCGCCCCGUUCUACACAGGGGAAAUGUGUGAGGAUUUGGAGGACAUGUGUUCAUCUGCACGCAGCCCAUGUAAACAGCAGUCCACCUGCUUCAUCACAGUCACUGGACCAAAGUGUAUCUGCGCUGCUGGUUAUGUGGGUGAGGACUGCAGUGUGAAUUAUGAUGACUGUAAGGAUCACCGCUGUCAGAACGGAGCUCAGUGUGUGGACGAGCUUAACGGAUACUCCUGCGUCUGCCAGAAGGGAUACAGUGGUCAGCUUUGUGAAGUGGCGCCUCCUCCUCGUUCUCCGUGUGAGCGGGCCGACUGCCAGAACAACGCCCCAUGUGUGGAGCGCGCUGGGCACCCGCUGUGCCAGUGUCUGGAGGGCUUCGGUGGGCCGCGCUGUGAAAAGCUGGUCAGCGUCAACUUUGUGGACCGAGACUCGUAUCUGCUGCUGAGCGACCUGAAGAACUGGCCGCAGGCUAACAUCACGCUACAGGUGUCCACAGCUGAAGAUAAUGGCAUUCUUCUGUACAAUGGAGACAACGAUCAUAUUGCAGUGGAGAUUCAUGAAGGUCAUGUUAAAGUCAGCUACGACCCCGGCAGCCAACAAAGCCACGCCAUCUACAGCACUGAGACGGUCAAUGAUGGUCAGUUCCACACCGUAGAGCUGGUGACCUUUGACCAGAUGGUGAAUCUGUCUAUAGACGGCGGCAGCCCCACGACCAUGGACAGCUUCGGGAAGGUGCAGCCGCUGAGGGGAGAAGCUCCGCUGUAUGUAGGAGGCAUGCCGGUGAGCGUUCACCCCACAGCGCCGCGGGUCUGGCAGAUCCAGAACAGCUCCAGCUUCCACGGCUGCAUCCAGAAUCUGUACAUCAACAAUGAGCUGCAGGAUUUCACCAAGACGCAGAUGAAGCCCGGCGUGGUGCCCGGAUGUGAGCCCUGCAGGAAGAUAUACUGCCUGCAUGGCAUCUGCCAGCCCAACACCGCCACCGGGCCUGUGUGCCACUGCCAGCCGGGCUGGAGCGGGCAGCACUGCGACCAGCCGCUGGCGAACCCCUGCAUGGGCAGCAAGUGUGUUCACGGCAGGUGUAUACCGAUGGACAUGCAGUCGUACCGCUGUGAGUGCCAGGAGGGUUUUCAUGGUGCGCUGUGCAACCAACAUGAAGAGCUGUUCAACCCGUGCCGAAAACUGCAGUGCAAACACGGCCACUGCCAGAUCUCUGACACAGGAGACGCGUACUGCCACUGCGAGCCGGGCUACAGCGGAGACCUGUGUGACCGCGAGUCGGAGUGCCGCGGGGAGCCGGUGCGGGACUUCUACCAGGUGCAGCGUGGUUACUCCAUCUGCCAGACCACACGCAUGGUGUCGUGGGUGGAGUGCAGCGGUGUGUGUGAGUCUGGCUCCUGCUGCGCCAGCCAGCGGAUGAAGCGCCGGAAAUACAGCUUCGAGUGCAGCGACGGCACGUCCUUCAGCGAGGAGGUGGAGAAAACCAUCAAGUGUGGCUGCGUGGGGUGCAUGUAGGACACGACCAGCAGCACACCGUCAUCACAGCCGCAAAACACACCAUCCCCCAUUGGGUAUUCAGAGACGACAACCCGUAACAACACCCGGAUAAAUUCAGCCUCUUUUUGUGCUUGCGCUCGUUUCAGCAGGACAGAAAAGUCACGUCUUUCUGUUGUUUUUUUGACUCUCUCUGGACGUGUAUCUGAGCAGAUAAUGGCGACGCAAGCACAGAGCUUCCACAUUUGCGAGCACAAAACAAGCUAAAUGUAAUAUAUAUAUAGAUAUAUAUCUGUGAAAGGGAGCGUGCGAUGGAUUGACAUGCUGUCGAGACAGAUAUUUUCAGUCAUUUUGUGAUUAUGUGGGGCACACAGGACUCUUCUGCGUGUCCUAAAUCCACAGUGCACGUGAUUGAUAGAAGAUGCAUCGGAUAAAAUACACAGUUAUCAUAGGAGCUGCUUUACAGUAUCUCAGCCUUUGGUAGAAAACAAAGUCAAACUAAAUCUAAUAGAUGACUUGGCAGACAAAAAUACCAUUCAAUGCUCCUUAAACAGCUACCAAAGGAGCUUCUUUACAAUAUCUGGACUUUUGGUAGAAAACGAAAGUCAAACUAAAUCCAGUAGAUGACAUGGCGGACAAAAAUACCCAUUCGACACUCCUCAUAUAGUUACCAAAGGAGCUUCUUUACAAUAUCUCGACUUUUAGUAUAAAAACGAAAGUCAAACUGAAUGGAAUAGACAACAAGGAGGACAAAAAUACUAUUUCAACGCUCCUUGUAUCGUUACCAAAGGAGCUUCGUUACAGUGUCUUGACUUUUAAUAGAAAACGAAAGUCAAACUUAAUCGAAUAGUUGACACGGAUGAUUAAAAAACCCAUUCGAUGCUCCUUAUGCCGUUAACAAAGGAGCUUCUUUACAAUAUCUGGACUUUUGUUAGAAAACGAAAGUCAAACUAAAUCCAGUAGAUGACAUGGCGGACAAAAAUACCCAUGCGACGCUCUAUAGUUACCAUACGAGCGUCUUUACAAUAUCUCGACUUUAAUAGAAAACAAAAGUCUAACUAAAUCAAAUAGUUGACACUGAGGAUAAAAAUACCCAUGCGACGCUCCAUAUAUAGUUACCAAAGGAGCUUCUUUACAAUAUCUGGACUUUCGGUAGAAAACAAAGUCGAACUAAAUUUAAUAGAUGGUUUGGCGGACAAAAAUACCCGUUCGACGCUCCUUAUAUAGUUACCAAAGGAGCUUCUUUACAGUAUCUCGACUUAUAAUUAAAAAAGAAAGUCAAACUAAAUCAAAUCAUCAACACGGAGGAUAAAAAUACCCAUUCAAUGCUCUUUAUAUAGUUACCGAAGGAGCUUUUCUACAAUAUCUGGACUUUUGGUAGAAAACAAAGUCAAACUAAGUCAAAUACCCGACAUGGCGGGCAAAAAUACAAGUUUGACGCUUCUUAUAUAAUCACCAAAGGAGCUUCUUUACAAUAUCUUGGUAGAAAACAAGUUAAACUAAAUGCAAUAGAUGAUAUGGUGGACUAAAAUACCCAUUCAGCGCUCCUUACAUAGUUAACGAAGGAGCUUCUGUACAAUAUCUCGACUUUUAAUAUAAAAACGAAAGUCAAACUGAAUGGAAUAGUUGACACGGAGGAUAAAAAUGCCCAUUCGAUGCUCUUUAUAUAGUUACCAAAGGAGCUUUUUUACAAUAUCUGGAAAACAAAGUCAAACUAAGUCAAAUACACAACCUGGCGGACAAAAAAUGACAAGUUUGACACUCCCUAUAUAGUCACCAAGGGAGCUUCUGUACAUUAUCUUGGUAGAAAACAAAAGUCAAACUAAAUCCAAAAGAUAAUUUGGAGGAUAAACAUACCCAUUCCACACUC